AUGCUUCGGAAAUCAAUACAGAGGAUGCGGAGUAGAUGUCGUUUCCAUCGUUUCUCGAUUGUCGCUCAUCCGCUUCUACAGCACUACGUUCGUUUAUACUCGACGGGCAACACGACCGACUGUAACUCGCCUCAUUGCGCUUUCAGUGCUGCACACAUGCACAAAACUGCUCGAACGUGCAUGUGCCACAGAGUCAUGUACGAUGACCGCAGAGUGCUCAACCUUUUCCAGGAACCAUGUGAUGACUGCAAAGAAGCAGGCUUCGAUCGAGGCCGACGACGUUAG